AAGUGGGUUUCAAUCCCCUCCCCGGCCCAUUCGCCAUCACUCACCCCGGCGCCGCCGGAGCUUUCUCCUGCCGCCGCGCCAUGUCCACCCCAGCUGCUCGAUCUCGCCCAUCGGAGGACGGACGCAUCAGGUCCUCCUCUUCGCCUCCCAGCGGCAGCGAGACGGCGGCCGAGAGACUCACCGACGAUCUCCUCGUCGAGAUCCUCUCGCGCGUGCCCGCCAGGUCGCUCUGCCGCUUCAAGUGCGUCUCCAACCACUGGCUCGGCCUCACCAACGACCCCAACUACCACCGGAAGCUCCCCCAGACCCUGACCGGCUUCUACCAGGGGAAUCAAUUGGUGGAUUCAGGUGUUCCUUUCACCAAUGUCUCGGGGAGCCGCCAUCUCACACAUCCCGCCUUCCUGCCCAACCGCCGGCAGGUCAAGGUCAUGGACUGCUGUAACGGCCUCCUUCUCUGCUCCUCAUACGAUCGCCGGCGACCAUGGCGACGUGUUCCGGUACAUUGUGUGCAAUCCCGCCACAGAGGAAUGGGCUGAGUUCCCGUACUGCGGCUAUUCCGGCCUGGUGGCUAAUGCACGCUUGUGUUUUGAUCCAGCCGUGUCCCCUCAUUUCCAUGUGUUUUUGUUGCCGGUGGCGGAUAUCUGCAUUACCGGAGUGCAUGUCUAUUCAUCUGAAACCGGGAGUUGGGUUCAUAAGGAGAAGAGAUGGAGCGUCACUAUUAAUGUCGCUAAUGAUCGGUCAACUGUUUAUCUUAAUGGUUAUCUGCAUUUCUGCGCCAUUGUUGAUGGUUCUGACGGUCGUCUAGCUGCAGUGGACAAGGAGUGGGGAGCAAGGACUAACUUCCGUGUUCCUGAUGGUCUGGAUGUUGGUUUUAUUCAGCUGUCACAGGGCUGCCUGCAUUAUGCUGGUUUUGACACAGAUGAUGAUAAUGUUGUUCGACUGCUAGUUUAUGUUCUUAAAGACUAUGACAGCAAAGAAUGGAUACUGAAGCAUAGCGUCGAAACUUCGCAUUUGCUUGGAGGGCGACACAUAGAAUACCUUGAUGAGGACUUCGAUUGGAUUGCAAUUCAUCCAGAAUGUGACUUGAUCUUCUUCGCUGUGGCCCAGGAGGAUAUCACAUUCAUGUGCUAUGAUAUGGAUAGUGGACAAGUUAAAGUGAUGUGCAAUCUUGAAGAUAGCAACCAGGCAUAUUUUCUGUAUGUGCCACUAUAUGAAGAGUUACAAUCGUUGCACAAGUGACGUCUUAUUCCUGCUAUGGAGCAGUGGGCAUGGUAUGUCUGCUUGAAUUUGGUCCUCCUUUCUCUGAUGUAUUUAAGUUUGGAGCAAUGCUGGUUCGUUCUGGGGGCACUGCGGCUGAUUUCUCUCUCGGACUAGUGAUUCAAAGUUUCAGUGCACCUUCUGUUGUGUGUACUUGUUUUGUCUUGGUAUACCAAUGGUUCUGUCCAACGGGAGAUUGUGAUACACUUUGGAUGAUUACAUUAUCACUUC